AGGCUCAAGCGUAUCGGAUCAAGCAGUGGCCCGCCAGGCAGACCCCUGACGCCCGCCGGCCCGCCCGCCCGCACGCACCAACCAAUGUCCGCUGACGAGCCUGCCGCAGGGGUCGAACCCGCUGAGGACAGCGAGCCGCAGGGCCAGGGCUGCUGCGCGUCGUGCUACCUGGCCUGUUGCUGCUGCUGCGCCGGGGGGGCGCAGGAGCAGGACCUGAAAGCCCUGAGGCAGGAGAAGGCCUCCAAGGCGUUCACGAAGGACGGGAAGAAUGACAUCUCCAAGGGCCCCGCAGGCAACCGUCGCUGCACCGACUUCCCCUGUUGCAUCAUCUUCCUCGUGGCGAUUGUGGGGUACGUGAUUGUGACCCUCAUGGGCCUUAAGGAUGGCAACAUCGACAGGCUGUACAAGCCACGGGAUUUUGGGGGGAAUUAUUGCGGCGUCGAAACGCAGUGGAACAGCGGGAUGGGGAACACGAAGUCGUUGGAGAACUACGAGUGGCUGACCAUGACGAUGAACGUGUCUGCAACCACGGAUGCAAUGUUUAAGCAGUUAAUCUGUUCCAAGGCAUCCCAGGACUUGCUGUACACCAAAAUCGGCAGCGGCCUUAACUCAACAGAGUAUGACAUGUACAUGUGCUCUUGCUGCGCCACCGCGUGCGAGUCCUGCGCCUCCGCCAUUGAGCAGGAAGACCCAUCUGCAGUGGCAGGUGGCACCGCCAGCGAUCUCGCGAGCCUGACCGCUGCCAGGAUGAUAGAGGUCGCUGGUCUUGGGUCCGUUGACGUCACCGACCUGUUCAGCGCUUAUGGGGCGAAUGGGGACAUGUUCUCUACGGACAUCAUGAGUUCGGCGACAAAGUAUCUCCAUGACGUCUGCAUGCGGACCUGCGACUCCAGCUACGAAAACAUCGCGGCAGCCAACGGCAGCACCGAAGCAUAUGCCUUCCGGGAGUACACGUUUGAGCCCGUUCCAAACGAUGAGUUGUAUCUUGCGUGGCAACUCGUGAAGGCUGACACUGGCCCGCUGGGAAUAGUUGCCAACUCUUCGUUCACCUUCAAGGCCUUCUCGGAAGUCGACUGCCCAUACGACGCAGUAUAUUGCGUGCCCAUGCCGGGCAUCAUCUUCGCGGAGGCGGCGUUGAACUAUUGCACGCUCGAGAUAGCUGCUUCGGUGAUCGGCCAGCUCGGAACCGCUCUGACCGACAUCAUGGUGAGCUCGGCGCUCACCGACUUCUCCAACGGCGCGACGGAGUCGCUGGGAGAGCAGUGGGGCGCCAUUCAGGCGUCAUGGGGUGCAUUUGCGCUUACUGGUGUCUGCUCCUUUGUCAUCGGCGUUUUGUUCCUCGUCCUCGUCCGCUUCUUCGUCGGCAUCUGCGUCUGGCUCUCCAUAGUCUUGAUAUUUGUCCUGCUUCUCGCCUUCUCCGGCCUUUGUUACGUGAAGAGCAUCCAGUGCGCUGGCUCCACGCUGUUCGAGACGGGCCAGCAGACGGGCACCCAGGUGGUCACAUUCGCAACGACCGCAGUCACUUCGGCUGUAACGGGCGAGAGUGUCAGCGAGGACCUCGGUGUUGAUGGUAACACAUACAGAGGGGUACAGUACGUGACAAAGUUCGGUACCGUGUGCCAGAAUUGGAUGUCCGACACUCCGCACAAUCAAGACUACGACUCGGGGAACUACUCCGACCAGGGCAUCGGUAGCCACAAUUAUUGCCGCAAUCCGUACAUGCCCACAGAUUACAACAAGGGCUCCACGAUCUGGUGCUUCACCACGAACACGGACCUGCGCUGGCAGGAGUGUCUUCCCAUUGGCCUGGACGCGCCCGUGUGUGCGGAGGGCUACGCUGUGAGCGGCCAGACUGGGAGGGACGUUCUGCUGUAUGCCUGCUAUGUCCUCCUCGGUCUGGCGGGGCUCUGGGUCAUCGUCGUGCUGAUCUUCCUCCCGAAGAUUCUCCUGGCGAUUCGCUGCACGAAGGUGGCAGCUCGCUUCCUCGCCUCGACGCCGAGCGUCCUCGUCGUGCCGAUGGUGCAGUCCGUCUUCACGAUCCUGUUGUGCAUCGGCUGGGCGUGCGGCGCGGCGUUCAUCAUCUCCCAGGUGCCCGACGGCUAUACUCCGACGGCCUGGUACGCGGAUUACAACACGGGGUGGGAGGCGUGCACCUACGACGGCUCUGGCGAACUCGGGUACCCCGUCAGCGAGAUCUGGAGGGACGAGACCUGCGGAGGCCCGAACGGCGAGUGCUGGCGCUGCCAGCCGCCCCGGUACAUGAUCGACUACUACGUUGCCUACGUCUUCUUCGUCUACCUGUGGCUCAACGCCUACAUCAUCGCCGCUGGCCAGACCAUCAUCGCGGGCACCGUCGGCGUCUGGUUCUUCAACCAGCAGGAUGGGGGCAGGGUCCAUGGCGCGCUCCGACUGUCCGUGUGGAACGUCACCCGGUACCACAUGGGCAGUCUCGCCUUCGGCUCCUUCAUCAUCGCCUUGGUGCAGUUCAUACGGUACUGCAUGAAGUUCCUGGAGAAGCAGGCCGAGGCGAGGAAUAACCGCGUCAUGGUGUACGUCGCCAGGGCACUCCAGUGCUGCAUCUAUUGCUUCGAGAAGUGCCUGGAGUACCUCAACAAGCUGGCCUACAUUCAGAUUGCGCUGCUCGGCAAGAACUUCUGCACGUCUGCAAAGAAGGCGUUCUACCUGGUCCUCCGCCACAUCUCGCGUUUCGCCGCCGUCCUCAUCCUGGGAACCGCGCUCGACCGCAUCGGGCUGCUCGUCAUCUGCUCUGCGACGACCUUCGUUGGGUACUGCAUCCAAACUACGAUGUACCCCGACGUCUCCCCGCUGUGUCCCACGUUGCUGUUCCUCCUGAACGGCUACGUGGUCGGGAAGCUCUACAUGAACGUCUUCCACCUUGCCAUCGACACGAGCCUCCAGUGCUUCAUCGCGUGCGAGGAGAUGGGCGUGGACCCGGAGACCGUGCCCAAGGAGCUGAGGAGCUUGGUGCCCAAGAAGGGCAAGAGUGCCGAAGAGCCGCCCGAUGCGGAUAAUUGAUGAUGCACGGCAGCCUUGCACGGGGCUCACGUGAGGUGCAACGCCCAGGCCAGACCACGCUUGGGGCCCCUUCUUGCGUUCUCAUGAACCAUUUUGUUUCGGCUACGCGUGAGAGCGAUCCUCCUCACCGCUUGCCAAUGGAUCCGACUGCCCUGUGUUCAUGGCCCCCACUGCCAGGAACUAAUUACCUGUCCUUGCGCGCGCUCGAUCUACGUGUUGCUGCUUGCCCUCGGGGUCACGGCUUGCCGAGGCUCGAAAGAUUUGCCAGGAAUACGUCUGGAAUCGGCCCAGGGAUCGGCUCGAGGCAGCCUGGCGUCAGGCAAGGAACCAGCAGGGCGCCGCACGCAGGGCCUGUUUCAUCGUCGAGGCAGAUCGGCUGUUUCUUGUGGUCGGGCCCUCACUGUACCGCCGAGAUAGGCCAACGUUGGUAUACUUCGAAUUUCUGUUGUCGAGCACGUGGAAUUUGUGUCGCGAGGCGCGCGUAUGGACAGGUCGGGCCCGGCUGCAGCGGCUGGCUCUCUGCUGGUCGGCACGUAAGUUGUCGCCAGCUACCCUGUCAUCUUCUCCGUCUUUCUCCGUCCUCGUCCUCCUCCACCUUGACCGGGACGCCACUGCUUGAUGGUGUCACGACCUUUCUGAGUUGCGACAUCAGGCUGGGAGCGCAAAUAACAGCAUCUCCCCGAGGCGCCGUAAGUUUGAACUUGCGUUUCCGUGUGCCAGUUGCGCACUCUUGAUUGCAGGUUUCAAUCGCUAUCCCGUGCAGCCCAGUCAUGCAGUGGUCUGACGGCGCUUGAUUACCUUUCGACAUGUGCAAGCGAACAUUGAAAACAUAAGUUUGUUUGUUUGCUUUCUCGUUUCUUUCAGCGGGACCUCAGAUGUCGUGUCGAGCGGUUCCAUGGUCGCAUGUUUUUUGGGCUGGG